AAAGUUUCUAUUUUUGUAAGGUCUCGCCUACCGAAACUAGCGCUUCGCAGAAUAAAUAUCCGAAAACAGUUUUAUUCCCAGACUGUCACAAGGUUUGAUAUACUGCAUAAGAGAAAUUUGUCUUCCAGUUUAUUGAAGCUGCGCAGUUAGAAAACUAGACAUUAUGUCUGUAAAAGUUAAUAUCGAAUAUUGUGGCAAAUGAGGAUACGCCCCUCGCUUUAAGGAGCUGCAGAAGAAGAUUCUGGCUGCGGUUCCUGAAGCUGAGGUUAAGGGCAAAGUUGGAAGAAGCUCAUCAUUUGAAAUAGUUAUCAAUGGUGUUCUUGUCUUCUCCAAAUUACAAAAGGGCAAAUUUCCUGAUUUUAAUGAAAUUGUGGAAGUAGUUGCCUGUGCCCAAGCCGGUGACGGAGUGAAACAGCUGUAAUGAAAGCAGUUGCUAUGCCAAUCAGAUGAAGUUGUUUGCUGAAAUAUUGACAUCUUAUUCAUAGUAGAUCCAUCACAGUUGCAUAUGACAGUACCUUCUGUAAGGGCUACCAGGAAGGAACUAGAUGUUUUAUCUGCUGGGGUAAUACAUGAUUGAGAUGUCAAUUUUUCAGCAAAGCAACUUUACUUAUUUUACUUUUAUGUGCCACUUAACAUGACAUUUUCCACCCACUGAUCUAAAGUAUUUAAUUUUAUAUGAUUUUGAUUUUAAGUAUUAUUUAUCAGAUUAGUGAUUUGAACUAUUUUAUUUUCAAUUUUUAUUGAGCUCAAAUUAUUUUUCUCAGGUUGAUUUUAUGCAGCUUUUUAUUUCUUAGAAUCUCUCAUGUACAUUGUUAUUAAUUCAAUGGUUUGAAUAAACUCAUUUGAAGCAUUA